AUGCAGCAAGCUCUUGGCGCAGUGAGACUGGUUGGGGAGCAGUUACCUGCAGCCCUUCGGUUUCUAGCGGACGGCCUCUCCGAGCGCAAGCUGCAGGUCAACUGGGACAAGACGGGCUGGCUCACGGGCGAUGCCGAGCUCGCGGGCAUGCUGGCCCUGGCUUGGGAGGGCGAGCUCGAGCGCGCCAGCGGCCUCCGCUGCCUCGGGGGCGACGGCUCGACAGGCGUGCUGCGCAGUGUGGUUGAGCAAAAUUUGCGUCUGGAGAAAGCUCGGAAGUCUGCGGAGCGAGUCCACGUGCUGAGAGCUGCGAGCGCCAGGGUUGAGAAGGACCUCCUGGCCGACCGCGCCUUCGUGCUCGAGGCGGUGUCGCGCGACGGGCACGCGCUGCGCCACGCCUCGCCCGCGCUGCGCGCGGACCGCGCGGUCGUGGCCGCCGCCGCCCGGCGCAGCCCGGGCGCCGUGGCCCACGCGGCCGCGGCGUUGCUCGAGGAGGACGCGGAGCUGCGGGCGCUGCUGCCGAGCAGCGGCGCCGGUUCCAGGCGGGGCUGGAGGGCGGGCCCGCAGCCACACCCGCAGGUCAAGGGUGCCGAGGGCCUCCCGGCGGACCUGGCCAACGACGUGCGGGUGGACUACAACUACUUCAUAGACGAGAAGCCCUACUGCGUUGGACCGGUGCAUGGGCACGGCUGCAAUCCGGAGUUCGGCUACCAGAAGACCUUUGUUCAGGACCCGGUGACCUCCCGCUUCCUGGAGUAUUUGCAGAGCAGGCUCGUCUUCAG